UUUACAACAGUGUGUCCUUGUGAGAUGAGUUAGCAUAGAUUGCCAUCCAUGAUCCAGGGCAAACACCUUUCAGUAACUUGAGACAAUUUUCUUUUUUAGUUUUCAUACCUGCUGCAAGCCACGCAGCACCUGACUCGUGGUGGUGACAACUGAGAUUAACAGUGGAUUAACAGUGGACUGUCUGCCGAGUGCCGGCACCGGGCGAGUGCGGGCCUCACCGCGCCCGGGAGCACUGGUGCUGCCAUCUACCGCCGCCCCACCGCGCCCGGUAGGACCGGUGCUGCCAUCUACUGCCGUACGGUACGGUCGGUAGUGGCCGGUGAUGCACAGGGCCUUCUGUGACGCGUCCGGCGACCGGCAGCGGCUCCGCUGGGCACACGCCGUUAACUGCGAGAGCCACCUGCGGGCAGCGCUGGACGACCCAGCAGUGGACGCGCUGGAGGCCGACGUCUGUACACUGCCAUCUAGCGACGGUGAACGCAAACCGUACAUCGCUCAUCCGCCGGCAGUGACGGCGGACAUAACAGCUGAGCGUUUUAUUGACAUCGUGCGGCAGUCGCACACAAAGAAAAUCGUCAAACUCGACCUCAAGUGUGAUGACGUCAUUGCCGAGGUCGUUGACCUCCUGCUGCUCUCGGGGAUAGCGGCUGUGACGCCACUGGUGCUGAACGCUGACGUCAUCAGCACCUCUGGGAAUCCAGCGCCGGUCUGCGCCGAGACCCUCCUCUCGCAUCACGCCCGCUUCGACAACGUCACCAUCCCUCCCGUCGUCUCCCUGGGCUGGUGUCCACCUAGCGGCGGCGACGCAACACUAAGUACACUCAACAUAUCACAGAUGGCAGCACUGGCGCGGGGCCGGGCGGCGACGCUGGCCGUGCGGGCUGAUGUGGCAUUGAGGUCACAGCGGCAGCUGGAGGGGCUGCUGGGUGACCUGCCCGGGUGUGGGCUCACCCUGUGGGCCCACCCGGGUGACCCCGUCUGCCCCGAGACGCUGAGGAGAUGGGUGGACAGUCUGGGAACGCGGCAGGUGUGGGUGGACGUGCCGCAGGAGAUGUUUCCCGACUCGUGAGUGAACAGCCGUCACACAUGUGACCCUCACUUAGUGCGUCACGGCCAUUUUAUUUGAAAUGUGUUGCCAAACUGGAGAAGGAUGCGGCAUCUCCCAGGAAGUGUGGCUACACUGCAUCCUUCUCUAAUGGAGUAGAAUGCGGCAGCGGUCAGAGACCAGGUGGCCAUCCAGCUGCCGAUACUCCUGCCGUCCCAGCGGGCCAUCUUCGAUCGGGUUCUGGCGGCCGUCGACGGGCGGCGUCCGCUGGCCGUGUUCGUGGACGCCGCUGGCGGCACCGGAAAGACGUACGUCUUCAACACGCUGCUGGCGGCGGUGCGCUCGCAGGGUCUGGUGGCGCUCGCCGUGGCCUUCAGUGGAAUCGCUGCCACUCUGCUGGACGGCGGGCGCGCAUACCACUCGCGUUUUAAGGCACCGCUGCAGGUGGACGCGACAUCAACGUGCGCCAUCAGCGCGCAGAGCCCGCUGGCGGAGCUCAUCCGACGGACGGCGCUCAUCAUGUGGGACGAGCCGCCCAUGGCCCAUCGUCACCACCUGGAGGCGUUCGACCGCACGCUGCGUGACUUUACUGGCAGCGAGGAGCCGUUGGGCGGAAAAGUCCCCGUGCUGGGCGGGGACUUUCGAUAUAUUUUUCCCAGUCAUCAGGUGAUUAACAGCAAUAUCAGCACGAUUCUGUUCCCGAACUCCAUGUCUACCUAUAUGUCGGUAGGUCGGAGUUUACACCCAGGUUUAGUGUUCGACGCACUUCACCGGUCGACUCAGCUUGGCUUUGCCAAUGAUGCCUUACAGUCUUUAACAUGUAGACUGUUUGCUGGUCAGUGAGUUAAGUACGCCUUGUCAGUAUUCUGUGGCGGUCGGCCUCUAACCCGAGUCGGCGGGCUCAAUGCUGACACCACCGAGCGAGCGCUGCCCCGGAGAGGCCGUCCGCCUGCUGAGCGCCGACGCUCGACAGUCUGAUGAGCAGAGGGGCCGACCCGCUGGAUAUUCAACAUGAGUAUCUAAACACCCCGUGCGCUCCCGGCUUCCCACCUCACUGUUUGAUGAUAAAGCCAGGCAUGCUACUCAUGCCGCUUUGCAAUCUGUCCUUUCCUAUGUGUUCCUGGCUUCCUGCCGCUCUCUGAACAUCGAGCCCGGGCAUUUGAACGCCCUGUGUGUAAGGAGUUUCGGGUUUCUCACCGCUCCGCCUUGAAUAUCAAAGUUCUAAGUGUGGUAUCCCACUGGUUGUUCCUUCCGGUUACUUCUGCUCACUGCGUCGCGUCUAGGUAGUCACCAAAUGAAAAUUAAAUCUGGUGGUAGUAGCAAAGACUAUGCUAUGUCGCGAUAUUUUGGCGCUAUCUCCCCCGACUCGCUUCUGACCCUCUUUGCCAUCCUUGUCAACUUUUGUCAUCCUUUUGUCAUCUUUUAUUUCCUUUUCGUACAAGCUUGAUUAGUGUGCGCUCGUUAUUCCCUUUCCCAAUCGCGUCGAGGUGUGGUGACAGCUGUGCGUUUUUCUUUCGUUCCACUGAUGUUUCUACUCGGCAAUAUGUUGUUAUUGUUGUAACGUGUGUCGUGUGUUAAUACAAUUAGUACCUGUA